AUGGCAAGGAAGCCAAGAAAUCCAUCAAUGGAGAUUUCAUGGAUUAUGGUUACAGCCAUGAUUAUGUUGUCUUCUUGUUCUUCAAAUCUGUUGGUUUGUGGAGAGAUAUUAUGGAAGCCGACAUGGACAAAGGAGGCAGCAAAAGAAGCAGAGGUUGUGGCAGGCAUAGGAUGUUCUGGACAUGGAAGAGCCUACUUGGAUGGUUUGGUCCUCAAAGGCCAUCAUCACUUGCCUCUUUGUGACUGUAAUCCUUGCUUUUAUGGCCCUACUUGCUCCAAGAUUCAACUCAAUUGCUCUGCAAAUGCUGAAAGUGGGGAUCCACUUUUCUUGGAGCCAUUCUGGAUGAGACGAGCAAAAGAGAGUGCAAUAUUAAUAUCAGGUUGGCACAGAAUGGGAUAUACGUAUAGUGAUGGAACUUACAUCUCAGAAGUGCUUGUGAAGUACAUUCAAAGAUUGCAUAAAAUGGUUGGGAACGCAGAGACUGAUGGAAGGUUCAUUGUAUUUGGGGCUGGUUCUACUCAACUCCUCAAUGCUGCCGUUUUUGCCUUCUCUCCCAAUUCUUCUUCUUCUUCGCAUUAUUCUCCUGCCAAAGUGGUUGCCACAGCCCCAUAUUACCCUGUCUAUAGACAACAAACGGAGCUUUUUAAUUCAUUGGACUACAGAUAUGAAGGCGACACAUCUUUGUGGAAGAAUAAGACUUUGUCAGAAAACAAUAAUAUCAGCAGAUUCAUUGAGUUCGUAACCUCACCAAACAGCCCAGAUGGAGGAUUGAUGAAGGCUGCUCUUCAUGGAUCAAAUGUUAAGACAAUUUAUGAUCAUGCUUAUUAUUGGCCACACUUCACUCCUAUUCCUGCUUCUUCUGAUCAUGAACUCAUGAUCUUCACAAUGUCCAAGCUCACUGGCCAUGCGGGCUCUAGAUUUGGGUGGGCAUUGGUGAAGGACAAGGCUGUGUACCAAAAGAUGCUAACAUAUUUGGACUUAAACACCGUUGGAGUCUCUCGAGAAUCUCAGCUGAGAGCUUUGAAGCUUCUUGAUGUACUUCUUGAAGAAGGAGACGGCACAGAAAUAUUCAAGUUUGGAUAUUCAACAAUGAGAAAGCGAUGGAUAGUGCUAAGAAAGAUCUUGUCCAACUCAAAACGAUUUUCUCUGCAGAAAUUAACUCCCCAUUACUGCUCCUUUUUCAAAAGGGUUAGGAACCCUACGCCAGCAUAUGCAUGGUUGAAGUGUGAGAGGGAAGAAGAUAAAGAUUGCCAUGCAGUUCUGAAAGCAGCAAAAAUAAAUGGCCAUCCGGGAAGUAUGUACAGUGCCGACGACCGUUAUGUUCGUUUGAAUCUCAUUGGAAGCCAAGACUACUUUGGCGUACUCAUCCACCACCUCCGAUACCUCCUUGCUCAAUCUUAUUAA